ACGGGGGAGAAGCCGUAUUCCUGUCCUGAGUGUGGAAAAUGUUUUUCACGGAAGUCCAAUCUUAACACGCAUCAAAGAUCUCACACGGGGGAGAAACCGUUCUCCUGCCCUGAGUGCGGGAAAUGUUAUCCACGGAAAUCAGAACUUGACACACAUCAAAGAUAUCACACGGGGGAGAAGCCGUAUUCCUGUCCUGGGUGUGGAAAAUGUUUUUCACACAAGUCCAGUCUUAACACGCAUCAAAGAUCUCACACGGGGGAGAAACCGUAUUCCUGUUCUAAGUGCGGGAAAUGUUUUUCAGAUAAGUCCUAUUUUAACAGGCAUCAGAGAUCUCACACGGGGGAGAAGCCGUAUUCCUGUGCUGAUUGUGGGAAAUGUUUUUCAAAGAAGUCCAGUCUUUACACACAUCAGAGAUUACACACGGGGGAGAAGCCAUAUUUCUGUCCUGAGUGUGGAAAAUGUUUUUCACGGAAGUCCAAUCUUAACACGCAUCAAAGAUCUCACACGGGGGAGAAGUCGUAUUCCUGUUCUGAGUGCGGGAAAUGUUUUUUUGGUAAAUCAAAUCUUGAUGUACACCGGAGGUCUCACACGGGUGAGAAGCCGUUCUCCUGCCCUGAGUGCGGGAAAUGUUAUCCACGGAAAUCAGAACUUGACACACAUCAGAGAUCUCACACGGGGGAGAAGCCGUAUUUCUGUCCUGAGUGUGGAAAAUGUUUUUCACACAAGUCCAGUCUUAACACGCAUCAAAGAUCUCACACGGGGGAGAAGCCGUAUUCCUGUUCUGAGUGCGGGAAAUGUUUUUCAGAUAAGUCCUAUUUUAACAGGCAUCAGAGAUCUCACACAGGGGAGAAGCCGUAUUCCUGUUCUGAGUGCGGGAAAUGUUUUUCAUUGAAGUACAAUCUUUUCAUACAUCAGAGAACUCAUUCGAGGGAGAAGCCGUAUUCCUGUCCUGAGUGAGGGAAAUGUUCAUCACUGAAGUCCUGUCUUCCUGUACAUCAGGGG